AACCUAUAAUUGUAUUACAGUUUACAGUUCGUGUGUAAGUAGAUGUGCAUUUAAGAAAUGUCAAACUGCUGUUUGCUAAUCGUGUUAAGAUGAGGAAAAUAUAAUUAUCAUAACUUAAUAUCUUGAGAAUAACCUUACAAAUUCCUGCUAAGUAAUUGUAACAUAGAAAACGUACAUCUAAUGUCACUAAAAUGAGUGAAUCUGAAGGAAAGCAUAUUGCUAAAGAUAAUUACAAGUACAAAGAAUUAUUGAUUGACGAGCAGAAAUAUUUAGUAGGUGUGCGUAAAAGAAAUGGUUCAUGGCAAAUUCUCGUGACAAAUCUAGUCGAAGCUUAUGAAGAAACUUUAACCGAAAAAACUGCUGUAGCAAGAUGCAAGCAACUAAAUCCGUUCUUAGUUGACAUUGAUUUUAAUGAAAGACUGAACAAUUUAUUAAUAGAUAUUCCAAAGUAUGCUAUAGUGUGUACAGUGCAAUGUUUAAAGUUAGCCUUUGAAAUAGAAGGGGGAAAAUUUAUGUUUGAAAUAAAACUAGCUCAAUGCAAUCCAGAAUACUUUCAUGAUAAUAUUAUGAAUAGUUUAUACUGUUCUUUUUCUGAACUUCAUCAUCGAUAUCAAAAUCUGUUAGACAUAGUAAAAAAAAAGGAUAAGGAAAUCGAAGAAUAUAAAGCACAAGGAGUAGAGAUACUACGACAUAGCUUGGUUACUGAACCAUUUACAGAAAAAGUUUUCAACUCGAAAUUGAAAAAUAGUGAAUCAACUGACAAAAUCAAUGUAUUUUUAAAUGCUUUAAACUUAUAUGAAUCAUUGGAAAGCACGAAAUCUAAUGAUAUCAGUGGGAAACAGAGAUCCAUUGGAGCAGAAUCUAAGUCACAGUUGGAUGAAACAAAGCCAAAGGUUAAGUGUGAAGGGUCAGUCAAAAGACCUUGGAGCAAGGAAAUGAGGUGUGCAGUAAAUCGGAAACUUCCAAAAAGAGUGAAAGACAGUAAACAAAAUUCAGCAUUCCAGUACUUAUAA